UAUAUAUAUAUAUAUAUAUAUAUAUAUAUAUAUAUAUAUAUAUAUAUAUACAUACAUACAACUGGGAGAUCGGAACAGACACACAGUCAGCAUUAACAGCUGUACCACGAGACGAGCCACGUGCCCCCUCCCCCCCCCAGCUCAGCCUCCGUGGAAAUCGCCCGUCACUACGGACAGACCCGAAUCUUGCGAAUGGCCUCUGUAGAACUCCAGAAUCUAGCAGAGGAAAGGAAGAUGGCUGCUGAGACCCUCAAUUUUGGACCAGAAUGGCUCCGCGCACUAUCCAGCGGGGGGGGCGUCACGUCCCCCCCUCCCUCUCCCGCGAUGCCAAAGUACAAGCUCGCCGAUUACCGAUAUGGGCGGGAGGAGAUGUUAGCACUUUAUGUUAAAGAAAACAAGUUCCCAGAGGAGAUGCAGGAUAAGGAGUUUGCUGCUAUACUCCAGGAAGAGCCUUUGCAGCCGCUGGCCCUGGUACCCCUGACAGAGGAAGAGCAGAGGAACUUCUCGAUGUCUGUAAACAGUGUGGCUGUGCUGAGGCUGAUGGGGAAAGGAGGGGCAGCGAUCCCAGGUGGAGUGGCCAGGGGGAGGGGAACCACGAGAGGAGGGAGAGGUCGCGGGAGAGGUGAUGGCAGUUUCUACCAAAGAAGUAUUGAAGACUCUGACCUGGGCUUCAGCCGUAGCGGCAGCAGGGAGAUUCACAGGAGCCAGAGCUGGGACGACAGAGGAGAAAGGAGGUUUGAAAAGCCGAUUCGAAGAGAUGCAGUCCGGGUGGGCUUCGAAGAGGGAGCGGCGACGGGGGUCCGCAAGGAAUACACGCGCUCGGACAGCGAGAACUGGCGCACCCUGCGGGAGGAGCAGGAGGAAGAGGAGGCAGCCGAAGGGGGCGGGAACAGCUGGAGACUAGCGGGGGUCCGCAGAGACGACGGGGGUCCCAGGUCCGCGGGCUGGCGGGAGCACGUCGGGGAGCGGAGGCGGAAGUUUGAUUUCGAUUUCCGGGAGCACGGUGAGGAGCGGGGGGCGCGGAGGCUGCGUGUGAGCAGCGAGGGCUUCGAGGAGGACAGGGACGGGCUGCCGGAGUGGUGCACAGACGACGAGGACGACGAGAUGGGGACCUUCGACUCCUCUGGAGCCUUCAUGUCCCUCAAGAAGAGCUCGAAGGAUCCGAUCCCAGAAGAGCAGGAGCUGGAAUUCCAGGGCGUGGAGGAAGAGGAGGAGCACCCCGAAGAAUACGGCUCGGAGCCGGAACGGAGAGACGCCCCCGAGAAAGAUGGCCAGGUUGCUGCUGUGUGUGAUCUGGACAGUGCUGCGACCUGCCCUGCGCCCCCCUCCCCUCCCAUAGUGUCCGUGACCCCCGGACAGAGCUCCAUGUCUCCCGGGGAGGUGGAGACCCCCCCACCGGCUCGGCCAGACCCGCUGGACACCGCCCCCCCUGCUGCCAAGGGAAUCAAGCUACCCCCUGACGAGGGUGGGUCCCUCGAAGUGGUGGCUGCCCAGCUCAGUCCCGGCACCUCCUCCACCCUCUCCUCCUCGUCCUCCCCUCCCUCCUCGUCUGCUGCUAUUCAUUUCACCACUGGGGGGGACAACGAGGAUGAGGACGGGAUGAGCCACCUGCAACAGGAGGCGGAGAAGAUGGUGGCCUCCCUGCAGGAGAACUCCCUGGAGGAGGAGCGCUUCACCCACACCAUGCGGGAGAGCAGGAACACGGCGGCCGCGCUGCCCCUGUCGCACGAGGCUGCCAUGAAGUGGUUCUACAAGGAUCCGCAGGGAGAGAUCCAAGGACCCUUCACGACCCAGGAGAUGGCGGAGUGGUUUCAAGCCGGGUAUUUCACCAUGACCCUCCUGGUGAAGAGAGGCUGUGAUGAGGGCUUCCAGCCCCUGGGAGAGGUCAUUAAAAUGUGGGGAAGAGUGCCUUUUGCCCCUGGACCAUCGCCUCCCCCGCUGCUGGGUAAUAUGGACCAGGAGAGGCUGAAGAAACAGCAGGAGCUGGCAGCAGCCGCACUCUAUCAGCAGCAACUGUUCCAACUCAUCAACAGGUGUGGAGAGCAGGGGUUGAUUCCUGCUAUGAACAGAUCAAUGUCAGUGCCAGACACAGGGUCCCUGUGGGACAUGCAUACCUCAGCUUCACAGCAACCAGGCAGUGAAGCCAGUUCGUGGGAUUUAACAAUGAAUUCAUCUACAUCAGUUCCUCUCCGUUUUUUCACUAAGCUUCAGCAAGAAAGGAGAGACGCAGAACUCAGGGCUAAGCGCGAGGAGGAGGAGAGGAAGAGGAGGGAGGAGAAGCAGCGCAGGCUGGAGGCGGAACAGAAGCGGCGUGAGGAGGAAGAGCUGUUCAGGAGGAAACAGUGCCGGCAGCAGCAGGAGCUGAUCAUGAAGCUUCUCCAGCAGCAGCAGCAGGGGCCCGCGGGCUCCUCCAUGUGGAGCAGCAUGCCCAAGCAGGGCAAGACCCUCCUGGAGCUGCAGCAAGAGACCGAGAGGCAGCUGCAGAAGCAGAGAGGCGCCCUGCAGAGAUCCGGGCACGGAGGCCUGGGUCUGUCUGGAGGCAAUGUGUCCAGCAUGGCUGGGCAGUGGGGCAGCGAUCAGGGCGCCAUGUGGGGGGCCGGAGGGGGGCACGAGGGCAAGAACAGCAGCAUGGGCAUGUGGGACGAGGCCCUGAAGAGCCAGGCAUCAGGCCUCAGAAACCUGGGGCUCAAGACCAGUCGGAGCAGCCCCUCUCUCAGACGCAAGACGGAGGAGGAAGAGAAGCUGCUGAAGAUGCUGCAGGGAAUGCGGUCGCAGGACGGCUUCACCACCUGGAGUGAGCAGAUGCUGCAUGCCCUGAACAGCAAUGCCAGCACCAGCAACCUGGACGUCUCCAGCAUCGUCUCGUAUCUGAAGGAGGUAGAGUCCCCCUACGAGGUCCACGAUUUCAUCCGCUCCUACCUGGGAGACACCCUGGAAGCCAAAGAGUUUGCCAAGCAGUUCCUGGAGCGCCGUGCCAAACAGAAAGCCAACCACCAGCGCCAGCAACAGCAGCUGUCAAAGGAAGUGGCUGGACUGACCAUGAACUUCCCUCUACAGGAUGCCAUGCGCGGUCUGAACCCCAGCAGUCUGCAGGCUGUGUUCCAGUCCAGUCACUGCUCCUUCAAGCAGGCUGUGUACGAGAGCGAUCCGUCCAGCAAGAUGAAGAAGCAGCAGCACCUGGGACUGCACUCGGACCCCAGCAUCCUGGGAUAUUCUUUUCAUAACCCCUCAGAUAGGAUGAACCUGAGUGAGAUUGAGCCUUUGGAGGACUACUGAACUCUUGCAAUAGAAUCUGCUGCCUUCGUCAUUCCAGUCUUGGCUGAAGAAUGUGCA